CCCCGGCGCCGUCCGGACCCCGCCCGCAGGGCUCCGCUCCCCGAGCCGCAGGGCGCGCGCCCGGGCCGGGGUCGCGGCCGUCCGUCCGUCCGUCCGUCCGUCCGUCCGGGAUGGCCUCCAAUUUCAACGACAUCGUGAAGCAGGGGUACGUGAGGAUCCGGAGCCGGCGGCUGGGGAUCUAUCAGCGAUGCUGGUUAGUGUUCAAGAAAGCUUCAAGCAAGGGUCCAAAAAGACUGGAGAAAUUUUCUGAUGAGCGGGCUGCGUAUUUCAGGUGUUAUCACAAGGUUACAGAACUCAACAAUGUGAAGAAUGUAGCUCGAUUGCCAAAGAGCACCAAGAAACACGCCAUAGGGAUUUACUUCAAUGACGACACCUCCAAGACCUUUGCUUGUGAAUCAGAUCUGGAGGCGGACGAAUGGUGCAAGGUGCUCCAGAUGGAGUGCGUGGGCACGCGGAUCAACGACAUCAGCCUCGGAGAGCCCGACUUGCUGGCUACCGGGGUGGAGAGAGAGCAGAGUGAGAGAUUCAAUGUGUAUUUGAUGCCGUCCCCUAACCUAGCUGUCCAUGGCGAAUGUGCCUUGCAGAUUACCUAUGAGUAUAUCUGUCUUUGGGACAUCCAGAAUCCCAGAGUUAAACUCAUCUCUUGGCCGCUAAGUGCCCUGCGGCGGUAUGGGAGAGACACCACGUGGUUCACUUUCGAGGCAGGAAGGAUGUGUGAGACUGGCGAAGGGCUGUUUAUCUUUCAAACGAGAGACGGUGAGGCCAUCUACCAGAAGGUUCACUCGGCUGCCCUGGCCAUUGCAGAGCAGCACGAGCGCUUGCUGCAGAGCGUGAAAAACUCAAUGCUCCAGAUGAAGAUGAGCGAGCGCGCGGCCUCGCUGAGCACCGUGGUGCCGCUGCCCCGCAGCGCCUACUGGCAGCACAUCACCCGGCAGCGCAGCGCGGGGCAGCUCUACCGCCUGCAAGAUGUCACCAGCCCUCUGAAGCUCCACCGAACAGAGACUUUUCCUGCCUACCGAUCUGAGCACUGACAGUGGCUGUCAGGAGGAGUCAACGCCCCACGAUUGAGUCAAUGGCCACAGAUCCACGCACCGGGCCAGAGGCAGCGGCUGGGUAGCUGCAAGGAAGGAAGAAGAAGGAAGGGAGAGGAACCGCUUCACACUAGCUAAUGGAUGGUCAUUGGGAAAUGGCAAUACAGUACACACCUUUUCCUUUCCUUUUCCUUUUGUUUUGUCGUGGCCUCUUGAGCAUGGCUGUGUGGAGAUCGACGUUUCCCGGCUCUUUCACAGCUGGACAGACAGAGAGGAGCCAAUGCCACAUGCGUUUUCCAGUGUACAUAGUCAUAAUGUACCCCGGGCUGCUCUGAAUCUCCCUCCUGUGGAUUUGUGUGAUUUUUUUUUUCCUUCUGAGUAUUUUGAUUGUGUGAGUCAGCAUUGACAAUAAAACGGCUCUUAUGGAUUGGUUAUUUGUUUACACCCCGUUCUUGGUUAUUAAUAUGGUGUGCUUCUGGUUAGCUCCUGGGAAUCCAUCAGUUCAGCUAGUACUUCGGAGGCACUCUUAUCUAUUAUGUUCUAGACUCUCCUUCCGGGGGACCCCCUAGUAAUCGUUGUACUUCCCCACACUCUUCCCUUCCUCUUCCUUCUUUUUUUUUUCUUUUGUUUUAUGUCUUAAGUCUUUAUUUUUGUCUGGAGUACUUCCGUAAAGCAUUUUAAAAUAAAAGAUAAUUCCUCAUCUA